AAUCCAUUUCUCAAACGAUUAUUGAUGGCGUCUUUUGCUCCUCCGACACAAAUUCAGAAAUCACAAUAACUGUAUUAGAGGAAAGAAGAUGGAAUCGCAGUACAAGAAGACGCGUUCAUACGGGAACGCAAUGAAGAUGGGAAUCGAUGCGCCUCAACUAUCAGAUAACGAUCGGAGCAGUGGGGAAUUACGAGCUCUAGAUUGCAAUCUCACCUCCCUUUGCGAUCACAUUCAGAUGGAAGGUUUCAAUUCUGGGGCCUUCUCCGACAUUGUUGUUCAGGCAAUGGGCUCUACUUAUCGCCUUCACCGGUUAAUCCUUUCUCGUAGUUCAUACUUCAGGAACAUGCUUCACGGUCCAUGGAAAGAGGCUAAUGCACCAAUCGUGACCUUGCAUGUUGACGAUGACAACGUCAACGGGGAGUCAAUUGAAAUGGCCUUGGCGUAUCUUUAUGGGCAUCAUCCUACGCUUAAUGAUAGCAAUGCGUUUCGCGUUCUUGCUGCCGCAUCCUUUCUUGACCUUCAGGAUUUAUGCGCAAUAUGCACAGAUUUCAUCAUAUCUGAGCUCUGGACAUCAAAUUUCUUAGCAUAUCAGGUGUUUGCAGAGAGCCAGGAUUAUGGUAUACAUGGUGAGCGUGUGAGAAAUGCUUGCUGGGGUUACCUAUGUCAAAGUGGUUCCAUGGAAUUGAAAGAGGUGCUUCCGAAGCUCUCUUCUCAAACUUUGCAUGCACUGCUGACCGCAGAUGAACUAUGGGUGCCUAGUGAAGAGAAACGGUUUGAACUGGCACUGUACACACUACUUGCAAAAGGUGCUCUUUUGAAGGCUGAACAUCCACAUCCUGAACAUGAAAGCUCAAGUUCUGAGGUAGGAAAAGGUGCUCAUUUUGAUUCUUCUGGAGUGAAGGGAAAGAAUGUCAUUGAUAGCAGCACCAAUAAGAAGCUAAUGGAAUCCGAACUAGAGUACUUGAAUGUAAAAGAUGAUCUUGAAGGCCAUGAAACUGCUCAUAAUAUUCUGGUUGAGCUUGCAGAUUGUGUUGUAGACUUCCACACUGGAUCACAAGAAGUGCAGCAAACUGCAUGUUCUCAAUCUAGUCUGGACCCGAGAUUAUCCUCCAGGAUGGAACAACCUGCAUCUUUGAGUAACUCAUUUUCAGAUCCAGAUGGAAAUAGAGGACAAUGCACAUAUUUUGAAAUGUCAAAUGGUGUUGAAGGAAGUAGGAUGGGGGGCAAUGGAGUUGCUAUGGAAGGGCCAUCUGAAGAAGGCAUGAGCUACCAUUUAAAUAACACUUUUUGGCUUCCCAAUGACCAAUCAAGGCACUGCUCUACGGCAAGUUCUUCCUGCAAUGGACUUAUGGCCGGUGAGUGGGGUAGAUGCGGUAUGCCUCCUUCAUGGGGUGGCAGGAUCGUGGGUAGGAGACAGGUGAAAGGCCAUGCUAAAGGGAACUUUGGCAUCCAUGUUGAGGAUAAUGAUGUAUUUGUUAACAUCUUUGAAGGGGGUUCUCUUUUAUAUUGUAACAUGUCCUUUGAGGCACUACUAAAUGUGAGAAAGCAGCUUGAAGAACUGGGAUUCCCUUGCAAAGCUGUAAAUGAUGGUCUUUGGCUACAGAUGCUUCUAAGCCAUAGGGUGCAAGAAAUAUGUGCUGAUACAUGCAAAAAUUGCUGCCUUACAAGCAUGGCAUGUGCAUGUCGGCAAUCAUAUCGAUUUUCACAUGGGGCUACUACCACAGGUUAUUACAUGCAAGACCAUGAUCGGAAUAAUCCCUCUGGCAACCUGGGUAAUGUAUUUGUUGCUGAUGCUGCUCAAGGAGAAGGAAAUGGCCUCUUCAGGCCUGUACGGGUGCAUGUUAGGGGGCCUAUAGAUGGGCUCGCUGGUAUUGGGCGGGGAACCACAUUUGUGUCUGCUGCUGCUUGGCCUCCAACACGUUUUGUCUUUUCACGUGUUCCUUUUGGACUGGGAAACAGAAACUGCCAGCAAUCUGUUGCUAAUGAUGAAUCGGAGGCAAGAACUGAACUUAAUGGGGACAUUUCUGGAGAUGGAUUGACUGCACUGGUUGGGCUUACCCAAGGAGGAAAUAAUAAUGUAUCUGCACAUGGAGAGCAGGCAGAGAGAAGUUAUGAACCAGUUCUGCAAAACAGAUUAGUCGGAGCUUCACUUGCGGGACCUAGUGCCAGUGGUGUUCCUCUGCAGAUGCUAGAGUCACAAGAGCAUGCCGUGGGACUAGAAUGGGAAAAUGGAGACGAUUCAUCUAUAUCCUUGGAUAUGAAAACCCCUUUGCGUAACUUUCCCCCUUUUCGCUUUGGGGUAGAAUUUGAGGAUGUGCACAGGCUUUCAGAUGGGCAAGUGAAGCACUCACCAGAAGUAUUUUAUGCUGGGUCUCUGUGGAAGGUUAGUGUUCAGGCUUUCAGUGAUGAAGAUCCCCAGGGCCGCCGCACUCUUGGAUUAUUUCUUCAUCGGCGUAAAGCAGAGAUAACUGAUUCUCUUAGAAAGGCUCAUAUGUAUGUUGAUUCUCGUGAAAAAGUUACCGCCCGUUAUCAGUUGAUUUGUCCAUCAAAGAGAGAAGUGAUGGUGUUUGGAAGCUUCAAACAAACUGGGACUCUACUUCCAAAAGCUCCCAAGGGAUGGGGUUGGCGCACAGCUUUGUUAUUUGAUGAGCUUGCUGAUCUUCUACAGGGGGGAUCCUUGAGGGUGGCUACUGUUGUCCAGCUUGUUUGAGAUUUAGCAAGCUAAACUCUCGCACUAGCUUAAUUUCAGUCGGGUUGUUUCCUUGGACAGACUCCCCCUAAUCAUUUUGUUUUCCAUUCCUCAUUUUCCUCACUAGAAUCAGAAACAUGAUUAGGGAGAGCUAGGAUUAGCAUUCAGAAAUGCGAGAGAUGCCAUUCACCAUUUAAAAAAAGAAAAAUUAGUAAAAAUGAGGUAAAUGAGGUUUGGACUCUCAGUUGGUUCAUGUACAGUGAUAUGUAAAGUAGUUUAUAUACCUGACCACCCUGUCAGA